CCAACUAUGGAGAGCAUCCUCAGUGACCUAUCUGAGCUCCAGGGCCAGAUGUCCUCCCUGCAGAACCUGGCCAGAGACCUGCAGGGUGAGAAGGAGAAGGUCAGACGGCUGCAGGAUGCCCUUGGAAAGCUGGGUGGGACUGUAGCCGAGUGCGACGUGGAUGGCACCAAGGAGAUCCCCCUAGAGCUGGAGCCUGCACUGCAGGAGAUUAAGCAGGAGCAGAAGGAGCUGAGACAGGAACAGAAUAUUACCAAGGCCAUACUGCAGCAGAUGGUUACAGAUGACCAGCUUCAGGAUCAGCUGAAUGAGCUGAGGGCAAUGAUGGGGACUGGGAAGCAGCAGCAGGGAGAGUCACACACAGACAACAAGCUUGUGAGGAAGCUCCUACACCGCUGUGAAAGGCUCCAGCAGCAGGUGGACUCACUGGUGCCACAGCAGGUGCAGAGGUCACUGCCAGAGAAGACCCAGGAGGAGGAGCUGCUAAAGAGCAUCCAGGCCACUGUUGUGCGGGUGGAAGGGGACUGCGAGCAGCUCAGCUAUGUCACAGGGAGCCUCCGGGAUGACCAUUGCCAGCAUCAGAGAGAUAUCGAGGCUCUGUUCCGGUCCCUGGAGGGUCUUGAGAAGAAAGCAGACAAGGAGGACCUGUUGCUGCUGAAAGUGGACAAAGCUGCCCUGGGCAGCAAAGUCAGUUGCGCCCAUUUUGAUGAAACCAUGGAGCAUCUGGAGGAGAGGAUGCGGGAGCUGCUGAGACGGGUGCUAGGUCAGGAGCAGCGCUGGCAGGAGGCCCAGCAGCGGUUCAGUGAUGCCCUGGACUCCAAGCUGGAUCGCCUGGAGCUUGGGCCUUUCCAGAAGCAGCUAGAGGAUAACUGGGCAAAGAUCAUCAAGGAUCUCAAGGAUGAGUUGACGGUAGAGAUUGACAACGCUGCUGGAAUGAAGAAGCAGCUGCUGGUCCCUUUCAAGUGCCUGUCCUGCGACCGGCAGCUCAACAUGCAGGUGCCUGGCCCGCACAUUGAGACACUGCCACUGAUUCCAUCGCUGCCCUGCAGCCACGCUCCACACCCCUCUACCAGCGCCACAGAGGAGCAAGCACAACAGCACAGUCGCAGGAAGCUGGUCAAUAGCAAGUUCCUCAAGUCGCAGAGCUGCAAGGGUCAGGACACAUCCAGUGCACCACUCAAGGAUGUCCUACACCUUUCCAAAAAGCCUAGCGUGACUGAGCUGCUGAGCACAGAUGACUGCAUGGAUGAGGUGGAAAAGAAGGCACAGGAUAAACUGGGCCCCACCACCUUAGAAGAGGACCAGCCAGAUUCAGAUGUCAAACACUGAUCCCGGGCACUGCAAAUCCAGUCCCCCUGGAUGGAACCAGUAGCCAGGCAGGUAGAUGUGACUGGAUGCUCGGAACCCUGCAUGAAAUACAGGGCCAGGACAGCUGCCCAAAGGGAUUUCUUUUCAAGUUAAUAAAAAUAUUUUG